ACAAAAAAACUGCACUCAGUUCCCUUCAGUAUGCGGCCGCUGCAAGUUCCCGCCUGGUUGCACAUUUCCUACGAGGAGAAGAAGCUGAUUGCGUACCUGGCCGGAAGCGGUACGACUGCCUGCAGCCUGUACCUGCUCACUAUGGCCGGCCGGUCGCUGAGCUUUUCCGACCAAACUAGUCCUUGCUUUUCGGAAAACAGUGCGUACAAUCUGGAGAUAACGCUCGUGGUCAUCCUGUCCGUCAUCUAUCUCGUUAUUGGGGGAGCAUUUUUCUGGGGCAUUUGGCAGGAAAAGGCCAAAUAUCUGCUGCCCUUUCUGUGCUUUCUCGUUGCUGCCACCGGGUUCCUGGGGCAUGCCCAUAUCGAUUGGAUGCUUUUCGAGGCCGGUACGGGCGAGCGACAGUUUGGGAUUUUUGCGUUCAUCUUUGCCACGCUGGUACUUACAUUUGCCAGCACAAUCAUUCUUCUGCUGUAUCGUGAAAUGAACUCGGAGAAGCGUGUGAAAAAGGGCAAUUUUGAAGUGUUCUACAAUGAUGAAAAAUAUUAAUAGUAAUAAGUGCUGUUGAGUGUUUACAAACCGCAAAAGGUUACCCAUUUAGUGGCAGAAAAUAAUUAUCGAAAUUUGAUGUUGUUUAAGUAUUAGUAAAGUUUCUAUAGUGAUAAGGUUUUAAGGUUUUUUCAAAGUGUGUGAAAACGAAAUAAAAUGAAGCUGUGAAUAUUUGUUCAUGAUUGGACAACUUUA